AUGGAGUUUGCAUAUGAAGAAGCGGCAAUAGCUCAGCAAGAACAGAACGAUGCCGCGAAUCCUCACGAUGAGAGAACGGAACAGGUGUUCCACACUCUGGAGCGCCAGGUGGAGAAGCAGUACCAGCGCACCGCGGAUGCGAUCAAGAACCUGAUGAAUGACGACGAAUACGUGGAGCUGCAGCUUCCUUUAGACGCAAAUUUGACGGAGAAGGCACAGUCUGUGCUCAAUUCGCUGGACAAGAACCUGCAUACCGUGGAGGAGACAGCUCAGAGCUACUGGAACCAGGUGUCCCAGAAAUCCUUUUGGUCCUCGAUGACAGGCACCAUCUCGGGCAAGUUGAAUAACGUCGUCAGGUUCGUUGAAGGAGGCUCGGAUGAUGUGUCUACGACCAACAAGUCUACUGCACGCGAUGCCGGAAGCCGCACGGCUGCUCAGUUGUGGCAACUCGCCACCGAUCAGAAUCUGUACUUGGCCUAUAAAGACCCGGUUCCAGAAAUUAAUAUCGAAGAACGCACGGAGGAAAUAGCAGAUUUAUUGAAGCAAGAUGAAGCGCUCCGAAAACUCAUGAAUACGAUCGUCCCAACACGCAUCAAGUAUGCAACAUUCUGGGCUAUAUACUUCAGUAAGCGCGAUAAACUACUCAGUAUUGAGGAAAACAGACGUUCGGUGUUGGAAGGCUAUGAUAUGAAGAGCAAUUUGAAGGAAGAACUUACCUGGGACGAUGAUGACGAAGACUAUGAAGAAGUUGUGGAGAUCACCAACACUAAGGGUGAGGUGGAAACCCGCAUUGGCACAGUAUCUCGCACGAAACCGCUCCCCAAAGACAAUUCUGAGAGUGCGGCUGAAUCUGAUGAUGACGAAUGGGAGUAA